CAUUUUGCAGUUGUGCAACAUUCUCCUUGCAUUCAAACCCCCACCCCUGGCCGUGGCUCUGUCUAUGGAACACAGACCAACCACUCAGAGCGAGGUCAGCAGGAAGGAGGUCAUCCUCUCAACCCCAAACCCCCCUCCCCCCUCACCCCCUCCCCCCACCACCAUCACCACCACCACCAUCACCACCACCACCAUCACUACCACCACCACCACCUGCCCCCACCCCCACCAUCCCCUUCCCCCCAGCAGCGUCAUCCUUGGUUGUGCUCUGAAGAGCUGAGGUAAGUGAGGUAAGUGAGGUAAGUGAGGUAAGUGAGGUAAGUGAGGUAAGUGAGGUAAGUGAGGUAAGUGGGGUAAGUGAGGUAAGUGGGGUAAGUGAGUAUGAAGGCGGGUAUUGUAUGAACGGGGUGAUAGUAUGAAGGCGGGUAUUGUAUGAACGAGGGUGAUAGUAUGAAGGCGGGUAUUGUAUGAACGGGGUGAUAGUAUGAAGGCGGGUAUUGUAUGAACGAGGGUGAUAGUAUGAAGGCGGAUAUUGUAUGAACGAGGGUGAUAGUAUGAAGGCGGGUAUUGUAUGAACGAGGGAGAUACUUUGAACGGGGGGGCUAGGGCUAGUGUGGGUGUUGCUGGUAGGACGCGUGCUAACAUGGGUUGAUGUAAUAUGGACUGGUGUUGUCUGGUGUGUUGAAUAUAUGGCAUGAACUGGGUGGUGAAGCAUGGGUUGUGACUGCAUGGGAUGGUCUGGGCUGUGACUGCAUGGAAUGGUCUGGGGUGUGACUGCAUGGAAUGGUCUAGGCUGUGACUACAUGGGAUGGUGAGGGUUGUGACUGCAUGGGAUGGUGUGGGUUGUGACUGUAUGGGAUGGUCUGGGUUGUGACUGCAUGGGAUGGUGUGGGUUGUGACUGCAUGGGAUGGUGAGAGUUGUGACUGCAUGAGAUGGUGUGGGUUGUGACUGUGUGGGACAGUAUGGGUUGUGACUGUAUGGGAUGGUAUGGUAUGCCAUGUGACUGCAGGGUAUAGUGGUGUGAACGGCCAUGCAGGAUGCUGAAGGAAGUGGAGCAGAGCGAAACAAGUAGAGUGUGAAGAGAGAUAGGGAGCUUGUAGGUUUAAGGGCACGAAUGGGCAUUAAAAGUUUAGACUGCUCCUCUUGCCAGGUGCUCAUGCAGCAAUCCUGCUGUUCACCAUACAGACAUGCGUAGUUGUACCAGGGCAUGUGUUUAUGGUGGAUGGUACAGUGCUGGAGCUUUGCUUCUAGACGUGCACUGGAGAAGUGCUGGAGGAGUGCUGGUAAUGUAACGCUAUUUUUUUAGGA